CCGAUCGAUUCCAGCAAAAACCGAUCGAGAGAACGUACGCUUUGAGUAUGGACAGGCGACGGCGUGUGCACGUCGCCUUUCUCGCCGUGCUCGUCGCCGUCGUCGCGCUCGCCGGAGCUAUCGCUGCAGCCGCCUCCGACGCGCGGUCCAGAAACGGCGCAACGGCGGCGGUGGGUGGGGAGGCCGUGGUGCACCGGCGCAUGCUGGCGAGCAGCAUCCAGGACUCGGUGCUGAACGCCAACAAGCCGGCGUGCCUCCAGUCGUGCACGGGGGCUGGGCAGCCGUACACCGGCCGUGGCUGCACGAACGCCUACCAGUGUAAAGGCUGAGCAGCAGCAGCAUUACAACCGGCCGUACGUACGUGAUCGAUAAUGUCGAUUAAUCACGUACUCCGCAGCGGCGGCGUCGUUCCUUAAUUUUCUUCUUCGUUGAUUAGCUCUUGCAUGCUCAAAUCUUUGGAAUGUUCCCAGCUUUGAUCUCCCUGAUCGAAUUUGUGGGUGUUAUACUGUUAAUGUGAUUGAUUUCGAGCGGAUCAGUGCGUGUUCGUGUAAUAUGUUUGUUGCUGCUGCUGCUCUGCAGUUUGUUGUGUU